AUGCAAUUCAAGACGUUCCUCACCGCAGCUGCGAUCGCUGGCCUGGCUUCGGCGCAGUCGAACGAUACCACCCCAAGCCUUGCUGCUGCUCUCAACAGCACGUCAGAUCUGUCAAGCCUGAACACCUUGCUUGGGCAGAACCCAGACAUUCUCAACACACUCGCAAACGCAACGAACAUCACCAUCUUCGCGCCCAGCAACUCCGCCUUCGAGUCAAUCUUGAACAGCCCAGAUGUGCAAGCACUCCAGGCGGAUGGCACUGUCGCCGCUCUGCUGACCUACCACGUUCUCAACGGCACAGUGUAUGCCGAGAACAUCACAUCUACGCCAACAUUCGCCCACACCCUCCUCAGCAACGAGACUUACUCGACUGUGACUGGCGGACAGGUCGUCGGUGUCCGACUCGUCAAUGGCACUGAUGGCGGCAAUGUGACCGUCAUCUCUGGCUUCGGCCAGCGUUCCAACGUCGUUACUGCCAACGUCAACGUCACCAACGGUGUUGUUCACAUCAUUGACCAAGUGCUCACAAUCCCUGGCAACGUUUCCUCAACCGCACUCGCCGCCAACCUGACAGCACUUGCUGGUGCUCUCCAGGCCACGAACCUGACGGACACCCUCGACACCACCCCAGACAUCACUGUCUUCGCUCCAACGAACGCUGCCUUUGAGGACAUUGGCUCUGCCCUUGCCAACUUGACCGUCGAGCAAGCCUCUGCAAUCCUCGGAUACCACGUCAUCAACGGCACCGUCGCCUACAGCAGCCUUCUCUCCAACGGCUCCAGUGUUGACACUCUUGCCGGUCCACCAGUCAACAUCACCAUCGAGGACGGCGAGGUCUUCGUCAACUCUGCCCGCGUCAUCGCCGCUGACAUCCUCGUCUCUGGCGGUGUUGUGCACGUCAUCGACUCCGUCCUCAACCCCAACAGCACUCUCACGCCCAACCCAGAUGAGGACGAACCUGCCGUUGCCUACUCUGGCGCCAGCUCUGGUGCCGUGCCAUACACCAGCGGCAUCACCGCUCCAACAGCCACCACCUACUCAAACCUCGCCUCUACCACUGACGCUGUCGCCGAGGGUUACACCGCGGCACCAUCUGACGCCUUGAACUCGGCCAGCGAGUCUGCUGCCACUGGCGCAUCGUCUACAAGCUCCGCCGGUGCAGCUAUGCCAACAGGCGCCAUUGGCGCUGCGGCUUUGUUCGGCGGUGCUGCAUGGCUCGCCAACCUCUAA